AUGUUUCGUCAUCGUCUUUUAAGACGCGAUUAUCGUUAUGAGAAAGCUGCCUUACGCGCCUUGCGUUCCCUCUGGAUGCAUAGAUCUGCCCUUGAUUUACCUGGCAACCACAUAGACGUUAACACGGGCAAAUGGACCGCCUCAGAAGCUAGCAUUGGUGCUGGAGUGGACUCAUACUUUGAAUACCUGGUAAAAGGGUCUCUGCUCUUCCGUUUGCCCGAAUUGGAUGCCAUGUUUCGAGAAUAUAAAAUCAGCAUAGAUCGGCAUUUGCGUUAUGGUGAUUGGCAUUUUCUCGUCAACAAAGACAAAGGGACCGUCAACAUGCCUGUUUUUCAAAGUCUUGAAGCAUUUUGGCCUAGUCUAUUGGUGUUGACUGGAGACAUUGAUUCUGCUAUGCGACACAUUUCAACUUUUCAUUCUAUCUGGAAGCAGUACGGCUUUACGCCUGAAAUGUACAAUGUACCAUCGCGGAGCGUGGUUCCACAGCGGCAUUCCUACCCAUUGAGACCUGGUAAACUUUUUGAAUGUGUCUAA